AUGUUGAGCCGAUUACAACACACAAGUGGGGUGACAUCGCCGUUCUCGUUCGAGAUGUUAAAACAGAUCACUAAUAAUUUUUCGGAGGAGCACAUAAUUGGUCGUGGUGCGUAUGGAGUGGUUUACAAGGGAGUAUUGGACAAUGGGAAAGAGAUUGCUGUGAAGAAGCUUAAAUACAUGCCUCCAGAACAUGACAGCAAUAAACAAUUUGAGAAUGAGUGUACAAACCUUAUGGGGGUCCAACAUCAAAAUAUCGUGCGGUUAGUUGGCUACUGUCAUGAAACACGUCGUGAAUAUGUGGAACACGGUGGAAAAUACGUUUGGGCUGAGGUGGAUGAACGAGUUCUCUGCUUUGAAUACUUGCAGGGUGGAAGCCUUGACAAACAUGUCUCUGACGAACCAUGCAAACUUGAUUGGGACAUGUGCUACAAAAUAAUUAAGGGAGUCUCUGAAGGUUUAAAUCACCUUCAUAAGGACUCCAUUUUCCAUUUUGACUUGAAGCCUGGAAAUAUAUUGCUGGAUAACAACAUGAUGCCGAAAAUUGACGAUUUUGGUUUAUCAAGAUUCUUUCCUUCAGCAGAAACCUGCACCACAGCGACAAAUUUUGGAACAUUGGGGUACAUACCACCAGAACACAUAAUCGGACACCAAAUCUCACCGAAAUAUGAUGUAUUCAGUUUGGGUGUUAUAAUCGUAAUAAUAAUGGCAGGAUUCAGGGGCUACUAUGAAUAUAAAGAUACCGCUUCCUUUGAAUUCAUCAAGUUUGUAUGUGAAAUGUGGCAAAAAAGGGUACAUGCAACGACGUGGUCACACAUAUCACAAGAAGUUAAGACAUGCAUCGAAAUAGCGUUAAGAUGUAUUAAGCAUGAUCGAGAGGAAAGGCCUACUAUAAGCCAAGUUGUUGAUGUACUUAGUAGGAUUGAUGUUGAGAAGUUGUCACUUAAGUGCGAGGACAAAGCACGGGGGCCUUGGCCUACAAUGAAUACACGACUUCCUCAUCUUCGAUGGGAGUUCAUGGUGGUCCCACUACGGUUGAAUUCACACCUGGUGAGGUGGGAGAGGAUGAUAGAUCGAUGCAUGAAAGUGACACGGUUGAGCCCAUGA